AGGAAGGAGAGGUAGACAUCUUGAAUUGGAGGGAGAGUAGUGUGUCAGUGAGCAGGCGACCACGUAUAGCUAGCCUGGAGGGAACGAUCGCGGCCCUAAACUCGCUGUUUGUGAGGAGAGGGUGACGGCGAAGCGUCGGGGGACAGAUAGUGAGAGACUGGUAAGGACUUUGCUCACCAUGGCCCGUAUCGACUAAGACGGCGUCACCAUGAUUGGAGGACUGUUCAUUUACAACCACAAGGGGGAGGUGCUGAUCUCCCGCGUCUACCGCGAUGACAUCGGGCGCAACGCGGUGGACGCGUUCCGCGUGAACGUGAUCCACGCCCGCCAGCAGGUGCGCUCUCCCGUCACCAACAUCGCCCGCACCAGCUUCUUCCACGUCAAGCGCUCCAACAUAUGGCUGGCGGCCGUCACCAAGCAGAACGUCAACGCCGCCAUGGUCUUCGAGUUCCUGUACAAGAUGUGCGACGUCAUGACGGCCUACUUCGGCAAGAUCAGCGAGGAGAACAUCAAGAACAACUUUGUGCUGAUCUACGAGCUGCUGGACGAGAUCCUGGACUUCGGAUACCCCCAGAACUCUGAGACUGGUGCCCUGAAGACCUUCAUCACUCAGCAGGGCAUCAAGAGCCAGCACCAUACGAAAGAGGAACAGUCACAGAUCACUAGUCAAGUGACUGGACAGAUCGGUUGGCGCCGUGAGGGAAUCAAGUACCGCCGCAACGAGCUUUUCCUGGACGUACUGGAGAGCGUCAACCUGCUGAUGUCCCCGCAAGGGCAGGUGCUGAGUGCCCACGUCUCUGGCCGGGUUGUGAUGAAGAGCUACCUGAGUGGGAUGCCGGAGUGCAAGUUUGGCAUGAACGACAAAAUCGUCAUCGACAAGCAGAGCAAGGGUGGCACUGCCGAUGAAGCCGGCAAGAGCAGUGGGAAACAGUCCAUAGCGAUCGAUGACUGCACCUUCCACCAGUGUGUGCGUCUCAGCAAGUUUGACUCAGAGAGGAGCAUCAGCUUCAUUCCCCCUGAUGGAGAGUACGAGCUCAUGAGGUACCGCACCACUAAGGACAUCAUCCUGCCCUUCCGGGUCAUCCCACUAGUCAGGGAGGUUGGCCGAACCAAGCUGGAGGUCAAAGUGGUCAUCAAGUCCAACUUCAAGCCAUCCCUACUGGCGCAGAAAAUUGAGGUGCGCAUUCCCACCCCCCUCAACACCAGUGGUGUGCAGGUGAUCUGCAUGAAGGGCAAAGCCAAGUACAAGGCCAGCGAGAAUGCCAUUGUAUGGAAGAUUAAGCGGAUGGCUGGAAUGAAGGAGUCUCAGAUCAGUGCUGAGAUUGAGCUGCUCCCCACCAACGACAAGAAGAAGUGGGCCCGUCCCCCGAUAUCCAUGAACUUUGAGGUGCCCUUUGCUCCCUCAGGACUCAAGGUGCGCUAUCUGAAGGUGUUCGAGCCGAAGCUGAACUACAGUGAUCAUGAUGUCAUCAAAUGGGUGCGCUACAUCGGCCGCAGUGGCAUCUACGAGACGCGCUGCUAACGGCCCCCCCGCGAGCGACGGGAGCAGAGGGGAGAGGGAGGUGGGACAAACGAGUCGUGAAAGUGUGGUCCCACCUCACCUCUCCCCAUCCCUCUCUCCAUCCUCCCUCCCUCCCUCCCUCCCUCCCUCAAGGGCUGGGUAACACAUGACACACAUUGGAGGAAAAAAUAAGACAAAUACUCAACAUGAAAAAAACGUCAAGGUAAUGCAAACCGUUCCUGUGGAGAAAAAAGAAAAAUUAGAACAAAAAAACAUACACCUCCUACAAACAAAACUUUAAAAAAAAAAAAGAAGAUAAAAGUAUACAUAUGUGAAAGAGGAGAUCAGGAUGUAGUCUAUGCCAGGGUGUUUAUUGAAGAGAUGCACCCCCUCCCCUCCCUCCCACCCCACCUCUACAUUUCAGGAGGGUUAUCUCAACCUGCCCCUCCUCUGUGUUUAGUCGUUUAAACCCCAAUCCCCCCCCCCCCUUAAUUUCUCUUGCUUUCCCUCUGUAUCUUAAUGAAGUAUUCAGUCACACCUGCCCUCCCCCCUUCCCACGCUUUUCUCUUUGCAGCCCCUCCCAUGUCUCUAGCCCCGCCCUCUCUGCUGAUGUAAUCGUAUUGUAGGCUGUAGUGUUAGUAGGCUACUGGACGUAUUAAUAGUAUAGUUUUUUCCCUUUCAUUUUAUGCCUUUCUUUAUCCUUCCUCUGAGAGUUAAGUUGUCCGUGUGUUUUGUAUCCAGAAUGUUUUUUUUGUUAAAUCCCCCAUUCCAUCAUUUGUCCUCUUCACUUUCACUUUCACACCCUUCUCCCCUGCUCCACUCCUCCCUUCUCUAGCUAUUCUCUCAUUAUAGUUCUUAUUCUGAAAAUGAUGAUGACUAUUCUGUGGUUUCUGUUUUCAUCUCUGCUGCAAUGUUUCAUUCUUGUGACCAAAAUUCUCAGAUGUUUAUAGAACACAAAGCAACAGAAAUGAUGUUUUAAAAAAAAAAAAAAACGCAGAGUAAAUCCCUCUGUAUAAAAAGGGUCAACUGAAAUACCAAGAGUAGACAGAGCAUCUGUGGUCAGUUGUGGUGUCUUUGUCGGAGUUUGUCAGGCUGGUGUGUGUGCGUGUGUGCAUAUGUGUUGCACUGCCCCAGACAGGUAAACUCAGCAUCUCUCAGGGGUGUGGCUGAGAAGAGGUUGGGAUGGGGUUUUUGGUUCAGUGCCAGUCUCUUGUACCCCUGCCAUCCUUCUGGUGGGGUGUGGUAGAUCCCUGUCCCGUAUAUAAUCGCAAACUAACGUUGACCUCCAAAUCCACAGCUCUGGUGACAGCAACUCUGUCAAAAGAGAAAAUGCACAAAGGUGGAUUUGCUCAGAUUUCUCUCAGUGAAUUGUGUUCACCUGCUGUAUUCGGUUCAUUGUAGAAUUUGUCCAGUUAGUUCCAGGAUUCUCAGUAGUUCAAUCAAGUGUUUUGCAAUGCGAAAUGGGGAGAACUUGCUGAUCAAUGAUAAAGCAAAGGAAAAAGCAUUCAUAACCAGCCAAAGUGCUGCUUGUGUGAGAU